AAUGGCCGGACAUUUGAAGGAGGAAGUGAAAACAGAAAAUAUUGAUAUUAAAGAAGAAAUUCCAGAAGAAACCCCUCCGUCCUCUUUUAUAGAGGAGACCUGUACUGUUUACAUAAAGGAAGAUGAUGUAAAGGUGGAAAUUUCUGAAACUAAAGAAGAUGAUAAUCUGUUGUCUGAAUUUUCUAUAACCAAGAAGAGGAAACUCGAAGCAAGAAGAUAUCCUUGUUCCGAAUGUAGGUGUAAUUACACUAGAUUAAGUGAUCUAAAAAGACAUGUUGAUAGUUUGCACAAAGGAGUUAAGUAUCCCUGUGAUAAGUGUGAAUAUGUUGCAACUACGGCAGGUCAGCUUAGUAAUCAUAUCCAGAGUAAACACGAAGGAAUAAGAUAUCCCUGUGAUAAAUGUGAGUACGUUGGAACUAAAGCAAGUUAUCUAAGAAAUCAUAUUCAGAUUAAACACGAAGGAGUGAGAUAUCCGUGUGAUAAAUGUGAGUACGUUGCAAAUACGGCAGGGACUCUUAAAUUACAUCAUGAGAGUAAGCAUGAAGGAGUGAGAUAUCCAUGUCAUAAAUGUGAUUACACUGCAAGUUUGGCAACUUCUCUCAAGAGACAUAUUGAGAGUAAACAUGAAGGAGUGAGAUAUCCAUGCGAUAAAUGUGAGUACACUGCAACCUUGGCAACUACUCUCAAGAGACAUAUUGAGAGUAAACAUGAAGGUGUGAGACAUCCUUGUAGUUUAUGUGAAUACAUCGGAAUUUUUGCAAGUGAUCUUAAAAGACAUGUUCAGAUAAAACAUGAAGGAGUGAGGUUUCCAUGUGACAAGUGUGAUUACAUUACAACCUCAUCAAGUUCUUUAGAAUCGCAUAUGAAGAUUAAGCAUGAAGGAGUGAGAUAUCCCUGUGAUGAAUGUGAGUAUGAGUCAACUAGAUUAAAGGAACUAAAAAUACAUGUUGAUUUUAAGCAUAAGGGAAUAAGAUAUCCUUGUGAUAAAUGUGAAUAUGUUGCAACUAGGGCAAGCCAUCUUAAUAGUCAUAUUAAGACUCAACAUGACGGAGUGAGAUAUCCCUGUGGUCAAUGCGACUUCACUUCUACCACGACAAGUGACCUCAAAAGGCACAUAAGGACUGUACAUGAAGGAGUGAGAUAUCCGUGUGACAAAUGUGAUUACACAGCAACAACAAAAGGUGUUCUGAAACUGCAUAUUAAGAGUAAACAUGAAGGAGUUAGAUAUCCUUGUGAUAAAUGUGAACACACUGGAAUUACAUUAAGUGCUCUAAGAAAACAUAUUAAGAGUAAACAUGAAGGAGUAAGAUAUCCGUGUGAUCAAUGUGAGUUUGCUGGAUCUACACUUAGUAAUCUUAAAGUCCAUAUUGAGACAAAACAUGAAAAAGUCAGAUAUCCCUGUGUUUUAUGUGAGUACGAGGCAUCAAGACCGAUUGAUUUGAAAUGUCACAUUCGGGUUAAGCAUGAAGGAGUAAGAAGUUCUUGCAGCAAGUGUGAUUAUACUACAACCAGGGAAAGUCUCCUGAGAAUACAUAUUAGAAGUGAACACGAGGGAAUCAAAUAUCCAUGUGAUCAAUGUGAAUACGCUGCAGCCACAGUUAGUUCUCUUAAAAAGCACAUUUUGAACAAGCACGAGGGAGUGACUCAUCCAUGUGAUAAAUGUGAGUAUUCUGCAACAACAGCAAACAAUCUUCGAGUUCAUAUAAAGAACAAACACGAAGGAGUGAGAUAUCCAUGUGAUAAAUGUGAUUAUCUAGCAACUACAGCUGCGAUACUUAAAACACAUAUUGAGGGUAAACAUGAAGAAGUAAGAUUUCCUUGUAAUAUUUGUGGAUACGCUGCAAUAUCACAAGUUGCUCUGAAAAGGCACAAGAGAAGAAAUCAUUUGAAAAUAGUUGAUUAGUCGUAUUAUUUUGUGACUGCUGAAUCAACUCAAACAAUUGUGUACAGUAUGAGAUAUAUAAACUGCAAACUUUAUGUAAAUUGAAAAGUGAUUUAGAAAUUUGAAAGAAAUCAUGUGAAUGAAAAUUAAACGUAGUUUUCAAAGAAAUUCUGUAGAUUUGUAAUUUACGUCCUUUUUCUCAAUUUUUUUUUCAAAAUUAAUCUAAUUUUGCAUAUUGGUGGCAAAAUUCUGCUUUCAAUGGCACCCUUAUUCGUCCAAAAUCGAUGAAAUAGAAUCAGAAAAAUAUGUGCAGCAAAGCAAUUUUUUAAUGAUUUUCGUCUUUAAAUUGUUUUUGCAAAAUUGCGAAAUUGAAAACUGUAUAGUAUUACAAUCAUUAAAAGGUGUCACAACAUGAACCUUAACUCUAUCGUCUGUAGCAAGUUUAUUUUCUUAACAUAUACGCCCGCAAUAUUAUGUUCAAUUAUAGUCAGAAAGUGUU